GGCGGAUCACAGGGGAUGUUUAGAAUUCUACAUCACCAGUUCAGCUCUAAUGACUGUGUGGGCCGUCUGAACCCAGCGUCUUCAGUCUUCAGCGGCGUGGCAUGGAGGACACAGCACGAGGCUUUGGAGAUGAAUCUGUACAGGAGCUUUGGAAACCUUAUGGAAGCUUGGGUAUCUGAGGGAGCACCAGACUCAGAGUGGCUUGAAAAUAAUGAUGAAGACUCCCCUUUAUCUUCCUCUGAUAUGGAGACGAACCUGCGCUCAGAAUCAGUGGACUCUGGAGUGGAGACUCCCAGUUCGGACAUGUCUUUCCCAGUAACAUCUGGCUUACUCUCAGCAGAAAGUGACACUUUUACAGCAGAAAAAGAGGACGGACUCACCUCAGCAUCAACAUCACAGUCUCCUGUUUUAUCCUCUCCUGCAACUCUUCAUCCUUCUUCCUCCUCUUGCCUCUCGCAACAGCAGGGAUCAACAGCUUUACACCUAAAACUAGAACAAGCUUUGCAGAGGACUGAAUCCAAAAAGGAAAACAACAAGACUCUGACAGUGGACGAGGUGCUCAGGAGAAGGCCUCGAGCUUCUGUGCUACCCAAGAGGCACAUAUCUGAUGUAGUGAGAGGUCAUAGGUCAGAUAGUUUUAGCCUGAGGAGGACGGUCAGCCCAUCAGUUCUGGUCAAACAGAUGUCAGAGACACACAGACGACCACAGUCCAUGACUUUUGGGAAACUCCCCACUCAGGCAAUAGCAGAGGACUUUGCUGGAGAACAGAACACAGAACUGAGUCCAGGUCUCAUGUACCUGGAGCAGGUCUGCCAAAUGUUGGAAGAAAUUGCCAGGAAACAAAUGCACAACCGCGUCUUGCAGACGGAGAUGGAGGCCUUGCAAGAGCAUCAGGAAAUGCAGAUUCUCUCCCAGACUGUUGACACCUGUCAGGGGGAUGCAGAAGCUGAGGAGGAGACCAUUUAUUGCCCAAAGCUUGAAAGCACAGAAGUGGUUCAAAACUCCAGUGACGCCCUGCAGCAUAAAGAGUACCCUAAUCGACAUAUGCGUCAAAGAUCUGCUUCAGACACUAAUCUUACAACACUGCAUUUAAGAAGGUUAAAAGCAGACUGUAGAGGGCAGCAUAUGAGUACAGAUGACCUAUUGGAAACAGCAGAGGAAAACCAGGACUUACAGGAAACUAAGAAGGAGAAAAGGAAUAAAACUACAAGCACACUCGGUCGGAACUGGAGGUUUAAAAUUGGGCCUUUGAGAAGAGAGGAUUCUGGAAAAAGCCAACAGAUGCAGCCAUCUGAGAGAAACUCCACUCGACGGCGUUUGAGCCAGCUGUUCAGAAGGAGAAGGAAAACUCUGCUUUCAUAAAUGGACUCCACUGUGAUUCUUCAUGAUGUCUGGAGAAAUUCACAGUCUGUAUGUAGAUUACACAGCCAAGUUUAUUUAUUGUCUAUUUUCCACAUGUCUGCAUUAUUUAUACUGAUAAAUCACACUAUUUCCUGUGAAAGUGGAGUGAGGAAUUUGAUAAAUGUAUGGUUAUUUUUAUUUGAUGUAAUAUUUUAUUCAUAAAAACACAUUGCUUGAUGAGAAAAUGCCAAAAUGUGUAUCUGUUAAUCUUCCUCUUGUUAAAGCUGCUCAACAAUGGCAUGAAUCCACAAUAUACUGCAUGAUGACAAUAAUAAUAAAGCAAUGUGUUCUGUCUGGAA